AUGCGCUUGCUGACAACACUUCUCUACCUGUUCUGCUCAUCAGUUGCUGUCCUACAAACGGGUCUACAACUAAAGAUCGACGAAUUUUUCGAAGCGCCGGGUCACACCAACAACUGGGCUGUGCUUGUUUGUACUAGCAGGUUCUGGUUCAACUACCGUCACGUUUCAAAUGUGCUGUCCCUAUACCACUCGAUCAAGAGGCUCGGCAUCCCGGAUUCUAACAUCAUCGUGAUGCUGGCUGAGGAUGUUCCGUGUAAUCCAAGAAAUCCGAAGCCAGGAACGUGCUUCAACGCGCCGGGCGGCCUCAACCUCUACGACUGGAACAUUGAAGUUGACUAUCGUGGGAAUGAAGUGACCGUGGAGAACUUUAUCCGCGUCCUCACCGGGCGACACGUCGAAAGUGAACCACGAUCCCGCCGUAUGCUUAGUGAUCAUCAAAGUAAUGUCUUGGUGUAUCUGACCGGGCAUGGCGGCGAUAGUUUCCUGAAGUUCCAAGAUGCUCAAGAGUUGACGAACUUUGACUUGGGCCAAACGGUUCAAGCAAUGUUUGAAGACAAUAGAUACCACGAAAUGUUCGUCAUUGCCGAUACUUGCCGAAGUGAAUCCAUGUACGAAUACAUCACAGCCCCUCGUGUCCUAUCCACAAGUUCAUCGUUAACCCACGAGGAGAGCUAUUCGUACGAUCUCGAUUAUGACGUCGGCGUUUUUGUCAUUGACAGAUACACGCAUUUCACCCUCGACUUCAUGAACUCCCAAGUGCAAGGCCUGAACUCAUCCGCUUCGAUGCAACAGUACUUGGACUCCUGUCCGAAAAGCCAGUGUUUGAGUACCGUCGGCGUCAAGCAGGAUUAUUACGACAAAGAUCCAACGCGUGUUCGUGUCACCGACUUCUUCGGCUCUGCCCGUAUUCUCAGCUUCUUCAACGAGGAGAUCGACUUGGAAAGCGAUUGG